AUGCUGAAGUGGUUUUCCAAUGAAGAGGGCGGGCCUGGCCAGGGAGCGCUCGGCUCCCCCCAGGGUGGUGGUGGUGCUGGAGGAGGAGAAGGAGGCCAGGCAGCCCUGGUGGAGGUGGCGGAGCAGCUGGCCCAGACAGAGCAGCUGGUGGCCCAGCUGAAGGAGCUGAUCCGUGAGAAGGAUGGCUCGCUGCGCACAAAGGACGAGCAGCUCAAGGCAGAGAAGGAGGCGUGCGAGGCCAAGCUGUCCAAGAUGCGUCUCCAGAACAAAGCCAAGGUCACCUCCCUCAGCGCCCAGCUGGAGGAGCUGAAGAAAGGAGGUGCUGCCGGGGGUGGAGCUGGGGGCCAGGGGACUCCCACCCACAGUAAGAAGGGAGGUGCAGAGGGAAGCGAGCAGGCCAGCCGCGGGAAGAUCCUCCUCCUUAGGAAGAAGGUGGAGGAGCUGGAGCAUCAGCUGUCACAGAGAGAUGAGGAACUGGAAGUCAAGUCACGAGAGCUGGAGGCCCAGAGGCAGCGUGGUGCGGACAUGGACGCCAUGCUGGUGGAGCGAAACAGGAAGCUGUCAGAGAAGGAGGCCUACAUAGUCCACCUGCAGACGGGCAUGGCCACCGGAGAGCAGACGGCCACGCCUCCAGCCCAACCCGACACGGAGCACAGGGCGUUGCCGGAGGAGAGCGGAGCGGGCUCCCUGGCGGAGCUGCAGCUGCUGGUCCUAAAUCUGACCAGGAAGGUGGGCGAGGGUGAUGAACGUUACAGCCUGCUGCAGGAGCAGACUGAGAGCCUCAAGGAGCUCCUAGUCACAGAAAAGGCCGCCUUCGAGGACAAGGAGAACAUGUACAAGCAAAACAUCCAGACGUUUAAAGACAUCAUUCUGCAGAAAGACAACAAGCUAAUGGAGGUCAACCAGAUGCAUGAGCAGGAGCUCUUCAAGUUGGCCGCCAAGUCUGACGCCAGCGCUGAUCUGGAACAGCUCCUGAAGGCUCUGAAACAGAAACUACAUGAGAAGGAGGAGGUGCUGCAGGGUAAAAACCAGGUGAUUGAUGUCUUCCAGGGGGAGGUUGACUCCAGAGACCAGCAGAUCAAGGACCUUGUGGAGCGGGCGCGGCGGCUGCAGGUGGAGCGCGAGAGCCUCGGGUCCAAGAUGGAGGCUGAGAAGCACGUGAUGCGGGCUCAGCUGCGGGACCUCUUGGAGAAGCAUCAGGGCGAGCUGCGCCGUGCCGCCGAGUGCCACGAGGCCCAGCUGGCCGAGCGGGAGCAGGCACUUCGCGGGCAGCUACAGGAGGAGCUGGGAAGGACCCCUGUCGCCGAGCUUCAGACCCAAACGCAAGCAGGGAGCGGCGGGGAUUCUCCAGCCACGGCCCAGAGGAUGAACGAGCUGGAAGCACAAGCCAAGCUGAAAUCUGAGGAGGCCAGUAAAUCGGAAGCCAAGUUCCUAAAGAUGAAAGCCUGGUCAAAGUCUCGUAUUCGACAGCUAGAGGACGAGCUGAGGAAAAGCCAGUCUGGCAGAGUGGGCCCUGACGUGACGUCCCUGCGCAGCCGCAUCACGGAUCUGGAGGAGGAGCGGGAGGAGACGCUGUGGAAGCUGGAGCAGUACGACGAGAUCAAGGCCAAGAACGAUGUACUGGAGGCCAAGCUGGUGGUGUACGAGGAGCAGCAGAGGAAGAUGGCCUCCGACCUGGAGCAGGUCACCAAGAGAGCCGCCUCUCAGGCCAGCGAGUCAGGUAGCGCCGACGACGCCCAGAGCCAGGUGCUGGACUGGCAGGAGAUGGUGUCGGAGGCGGUGACGGCCAGGGACCGUGCCCGCGAGGAGAAGGCCACCAUGGCCCUGCGCAUGAGCCACAUGGAGGAGGAGAGAGAGGGUAAGGGCCCCGCCACCGCUGGGGGGUGA